AUGACGGAAGCAGCCGACGAGCAGACACUGGAUGCGACGCUGUCGGCGCUGCUGGCGCUCUCAUCGCUGAGCGCCCCGCCGAGCGCAACGGACCGGCUCUCGAUCCUCGAAACGGCCACCCCGCUGCUGGCGCAGCUCAAGUCGACGAACCGAUCCAUCUACACGACGCUCAACGAGCGCAAGGCCAAGGUCAACGAUGCCAGGUCCAAGGUCGACGUGGAACGCCUCAAGCUGCAGAACUACGAGUACGAAAAGACGAUGCUCAAGAUCGAAGUCUGGGCCUGCAGGAUGUUCCAGUCGAUCUACCAGGACGUCGACCUGCAUUCCGAGGAAGAGUUCCUGCAAAUCGCCCCCGAAGACCUCAAGACGGACGAGAUCCGCAACGACCCGCAUCUCUUCAUGCUCAGUCGGUUGAAGUUUGAGCUGACGGAGAGGAAGAGACUGGAGGCGGAGAAACAGUCGCUCCAGUCUCAAAAGUCGGCCGUGAUCCGCGAGAGCAAGGAGAAGAAGAUCAAGCUUGAAGAGGCGGAAAAGGAGCUCAAGGAGCUGCUCGCGGCGGCCAAAGCGGUUGGGAGCAAGUUCGACAACACCACGACGCAACAACAGCAAGAACAGCCUUCGUCGGCCGACGCUCCGGCCGCAGAGGCGUCCGCGUCGAACCCCGCUGCCGCUUCCUCGGCAUAG